CACCUUUAGAGAGUUUACCAGGUAUACAUCGAACAGUUCGAGCGGACAGUCACCUUUUUGUUUCGAGACCGAGAGGAUCUAUCAGCUAAACUCUGGUUUGUUAUAGAUUCAUCGAUUUGUUAGAUUAAUUUAACAAGAUUUAUUUCCUUUCACUCGGGAUAUUAUUUGGAAGAUAAGAGGGAGAAUAACCGAUCGGAUUCGGCUCAAAGACUAUGAGUCGAACGUUGUUGUUGGUGUGUACGUUGUUGUUGGCUUUGACCAACGCAAAUGUAAUUUCGACAGCAUGGCAACCAGUCCCUUCACCUAUUGGACCAAGCAUGAGCGUCCUUCGGCAGGAAGCAACACUUUAUGGAAACUUACCAUCAGUUAAUUCUCAUUACGAUAUCGAUGGACAACUGAUCGAUUUAUCUCACGAACAAGAACAACAAUGUUCUUUGUACAAAAUUUCUACGAACCAACAACUUUAUUUUGAGUAUAUACAUUACAAGAUCGACUUGCCGAAUAUGAAAGAGUUUACUCUUUGUAUGUGGUCCAAGUUUCACAAUCAUACCAAUGAUCAUCCUUUGUUUUCUUAUGCAGUUGGUGAUCAGCCACGAGGUAUUCUAUCAUGGGUGGCAAACACACCAAGAAGUUCGUAUUUCAUGAUGAAUGUGGAUGGUCACAACUUGUAUAGAUUGAAUUAUCCGUUGAGACUUAACAAAUGGUACCACUCUUGUCAGAGUUGGAAUGGCCGUACCGGAGAAUGGCAGAUUUGGGUCAACGACGAGCGUGUAGGUCGUGGGUUCAACAACAGGUUAGUCGGUCACGUCAUCAAGGGUGGUGGUAUUCCAAUAUCAGGUCAAGAGCAACGCCAAUUGGGUGGUGGCUUUUUAGAAGGGGAAGGUUCUCCACCAGGAUCAGGAGGAAUGUUAGGAGAAAUAACAAUGGUUCAGUUAUACAGUGUUGCUUUAACAGCUGGAAAAGCUCACAAAGAUCACAAACAUCAUCAUGCUCAUCAUUACGAACACGACACGACAAAUAACACCCCAAGGCCAACGACGAGACAACCAGUUACGGGACCACCCUUGCCACCUAAUCCAUUCUUAACUGCGGGUCAAAUUAAUCCUCAAGUGAAGAUUAAUCCAGGUGCACCGUUGCAAAUAGUUAGAAACGGAGUGAUCGUACGUCAUCCAGCAUUACCACCCCAAAGAGAAUCACCAGCCCAACCUUUUCCCCCAGCCAAUCUUGAAAAUCUUUCAACAAUGCUACCAUUUGUCUCGCCAUCGCCAUCCUUGCCAGUUACUUUGCCACAAGAUUCAGCAAGCGUUUAUGUUAAUAUUUUAGGCAGACCUACCAUAGCUUAUCAUGAACUUUUUAAAAGAGAGAAAAACCUAUCGAAGAGGGAAAAUCAUGAGGAUAAAAUCGAUACAACGGUCACGUCAUCGUCCACUUCAGUUGACAACAAUGAUAACAAAGUGACAUUUGUUCCAAGGACCACAGAAGAGGAAUCAGAAAAAGAAGGGAAAAAACAAUUAACCGAGAAAAAAAAGAGAGGAAUAUUACAAUUAUCGGACGGUUUAUUGAUAGAUGACAAUUAUCCUGUCGCCCAAGGUUUAGACAACAAUUAUUUAUCUGGUUUAGCUAAUUUCGAUCUUCAAUUGGUCAAGCAAGAUAAUAAAGAUGACGAAAGAGAACCAGCCGAAGCUGAAGUUAAAAGGAUCAUGGAUAUUUGCGAUGGCUGUGCCGAAGAACCUUUUGAGAAAGCCCUCAUCAUGGGAUGGAGAUCUGUACCUAAAAAGGUUUACUCUGGAGCCCUUUAUUUACCUGCUGUGCAGGUUUGCAAGGCUUUUUAAAAAUUGACUUUCAUUUCUUAACUGUUUUCUUCGAAAAAAAUUCAAAAUCUAAACGACAGGGUUUUACGAAGCCUAGAAAUAUGGCUGAUAGAUAAUCUUAUCUCAUCUAUAACAAUAGAUAAUUAUUUUUAAAAUGUAAAUUAUUCAGAAAUUCUAAUGAAUGGAUUUUUUGUUUUAUUUCGAAGAUUACGUCGAAAAAUUCCAUUCUCUUUUUUUGUUUCAUUUUCUUUUAGAUAAUUUGGAAACACAGUAUUACAUCGGUUAGAUAAUUAUUAUAUCAUAUUUUUGUUAUCGUUCUAUCAUUAUUAGGGAUGAAAAUUUUUGAAACAAAUUUCGAAUAGGGUUAUUCACCACGUAAGUUCAUAGUACCUAAGUUUACAUUAUGAGAUGAAAUUUUUGAUUAUCUUUAUUGUAAGAUAAGAAAAAUUUGUCUCUUCGUGUAUAUACAUU